GACGUCCCGCCGAAGCUUGCAACUUCACACAACUCCGCGUCCAUCCGACAUCAGCUGGACCUGUUUCCAUGUGCAACAAAGAUGAAGUUCACUGAGCAUCUCUCAGCUCACAUCACGCCAGAGUGGAGGAAACAGUAUAUCAGUUAUGAGGAAAUGAAAUCAAUGCUCUACGCUGCAGUAGAGCAAGCACCAUCAGCAGAACUCGUAGAGCCUGACGUUUUGACCCGCUACUUUGCCACCUUCGAUGAGCAAUUCUUCUCUUACUGUGAUAAAGAACUUACCAAAAUCAACACAUUUUAUUCUGAAAAGUUGGCGGAAGCUCAAAGAAAAUACGCCAGCUUGAAGAGUGAGUUGAGCGAUACGCAAGACUGGCAGUUUAGGGGAAAGACGCAUCAUAGCAUAAGAAAUAACUUUUUGAGAACAAAAAAUGUACCUGCUAGAAAAAUGCAAGAAGUCAAAUUAGCUUUUAGUGAAUUUUACCUUAGUCUAAUACUACUGCAAAAUUAUCAAAACCUCAACUUCACUGGAUUUAGGAAGAUACUGAAAAAGCAUGAUAAGCUCCUAACCGUAGACCUGGGAGCAAAAUGGCGCGUAGAACACGUGGAAAGCUCCCAUUUCUACACAAACAAGGACAUAGACAAACUGAUACGAGAAACAGAAGCAACGUUUACGCAAGAGCUAGAGGGUGGUGACAGACAGAGGGCUAUGAAGAGGUUAAGGGUGCCACCGUUAGGUGAACAGCAGAGUCCUUGGACUACGUUCAAGGUUGGACUGUUCUCGGGGGCCCUGAUUGUUUUGCUCAUAUCUGUGAUUCUCAGCGGAAUGUACCACGACCGUACCGACUGGCUGACAGUGACCCGCCUCUACCGCGGCCCGUUGCUCAUCGUGGAAUUUCUCUUCCUCUGGGGCGUAAACAUCUACGGCUGGCGAUCAUCAGGCGUCAAUCACGUGCUCAUUUUCGAAAUGGACCCCCGAAACCACUUGUCAGAGCAGCACAUCAUCGAAAUGGCCGCCAUUUUCGGAGUGCUUUGGUCGGUUUCGGUGCUGUCGUUCCUGUAUAGUGACAGGCUUGGGGUUCCUGCGUACGCGAACCCAUUGGUACUGUUGAUCGUGAUGCUGCUGUUUGUCGUUAAUCCCACUAAGACGUUUAGGCAUGAGGCUAGGUUUUGGACGUUAAGGGUCCUGGUAGGUAUAGCAUCAUAAUAAUAAUAAUUUAUUGUGAUAAGGUUUACAGUAGUAAAUAUAGACAACGUCAACAUUAGCAAAAAAUAAACAUAUA